AUGACUUCCACCCAAUCAUCAAAAGAAGGGAGGUUCACCUCGCUUGAAGAAGCGGAGAUUUCCAAGAUUUCCAUAGAGUCAACCGAUGAAGAGCAAUACGGCUCAGAUCAUGAGUUCAUUGUUGAACGCAUUCUGGCCCAAAAAACAGAAGAUGGCCAAACGCUGUAUCUGAUCAGAUGGACAGGAUUCCCAGAGGAAGAAUCAUCGUGGGAGCCGAGGAAGAAUAUAUUGGGUCAAAGCAUUCUUGACGCUUGGAAAAGACGACGAACUCGUGAGCUCCAGGGCUUAGAUGCACCAUAUGAUGUCGGGAAACUGGAACUUCUAAAGAAGGUGGCUGAGGCUGGCAAAGCGCGACGUGCUUGUUUACGUCGCGAGAAGAGAAAGCGGCAGGGAAUAGUCGUAUCGCCUCACGAAUCUGAUGCAGAUAGUGUUGACGAGACGCCAACGACAAUUCCACAUCCGCUAGUUAACACAGCUACACUCAGGGAUGCAAGAAACUCCGAAAGACAACAGCAAGUUCAAGCUGCUAGAAAAUCUAAAAUUCAGGAACGUCAACAAAUCGACUCCGAUUCAUCGUCGGACGAACCGCUGUUCGUAACGUCGCGACAAAAGUCGACCUUGGGUGCCUCGUCUUCUACAAAAACACCAGCGCAGGAGAAUGGAGCUUCCAAGGUAAACGCCAGCGAUGAUCCACUGAUAGCAACCCCCGAAAGUUCUUCAUCGUCUAAAAACAGCUCAGGGCCGAAGGGAUCUUCGCUAUCUAGAGGAGUCUCAAAGAUUCGAGGAGGGGGAGGCGCCACAAGAGGAGGUUCUUCUUUACAGUCACAGAAUGUUUUUCUUGGUGGAAAAGCGCCCAGAAAACAAAAAGCGAGCUUAAUUGAAGCAGCGGCAGAUCCGUCAAAAGACCAGCGUCAUUUCAAGAACAGGCAUAUCCUCAGAAAAGUGGAACUGGCCGGGAGAACUAUAGCAGACAAAUCACCAGAUAUUGCUGCUAUUCCUGGUGGCUUGAUAAAUCCUUCGAAAGUUUUAUCCUCAUCUGUACAACGACCAGAUACUCUUUAUAGAACCCCUUCUGCUCCUCAGAACGAAGUGCCCAUGGAACUAGUUGAGUCGCCUCUCGAGAAGCAACAAGUCUCCCAGCGAUUGCCUGCACUGCACCCAUCUGAAAUGUCAUGGGAAGAGGUACAGCAUAUUCCGUACGAGAAGCGAACAAUCUGUUUCUUCUUUACUCAACCCAGUGGAUGCACUGAUAGUAGCUGCAAGUAUCUUCACAAAGAUGAUCCCCUCCUGCCUAUUGCCCCGCCCCCAGAUGGAUGGUUUGGGUCGCAGCAAAUUUGCUUCUUCUACAAUCUGAAUGGAGACUGUAGAUGGGGUGAUACAUGUAGCUCUCUGCACGAAUCAAAUCCAAAUAUUCCAGUCAGAAAGCCGCCUCCCGGAUGGGUAGCGCCAGAUCCAUCUAUCAAAACCAUGCCAACCAAAGCACAGCUUCCAAACAGUAUCGACGGUCCGCAGUCGGUCUGCUAUUACUGGUUCCAUGAUAAUAGUUGCACAAAAGGAGUUGACUGCAAAAUGGCACAUUCGACCGAUAACGAUCUCCGAGUAGCACCAAGACCUGGUUCCGUUCCUUGUAGGUACUGGAUUCAGGGUCAUUGUCGCAAUGGUGCAGAUUGUUCUUUCACGCACGAACCUACUCAGGAUAAUCGCUCUGUAUCCUACAUGAGCCAACUUCACCCUAAAGUCAUCGAUUCCGAAAGUACAAGGGAGAAAAGCGUACAGUCUUCACUACAUCAGUCAAAACCUAUGCCUAUAUUCGGUGACGACGAUACCAUGGAUUUCGAGAUGAAUAUAAUGCCUGACCUUCCACCGCUAGAGUCAAAUAUCGCAGAGCCUGAACAAUGUUUCGAUGAUCAUUCAGCAGCUGAAACAGUAAAAAUCACAGGUACCAAAAUUAAGAUAGUGACGUUUGGUCCACAGACGCAACCUAUCAAGCUCGACUUCACAAGCCUUCCACUGAAUACUUCAGACUGGGCAAGAGCGUUUGCGAGUGCAGAGAUUCUGGAUUUCAACCAAAUAUGUACCAUACAUGACUUCAAAUCGAGAUACAGUCAUAUUCAACAUUCUAAUUAUUGGCAAGCGAGUAUCAACACCGAUCCUGCUGACCAAGCUGUACGCGACACGGUUACAAAUAUGGCUAAGCAUCUCUGUCUUCAGAUGUCUGGUUUGGCGUGUAUUUCGAGCAAUUACAUUAUUCUACUCUAUCCAACUGUGGCUGAAGAAUGGAAGUAUUUAGAUGCAACACCUGAUCUACCAACUGACGCUACACUGAAAUACUUGGUAUUCGGUUCUCAAAGUCCUAUUUCAAGUUCUAUGGAAUCUGCCACAAUCGACAAAAUUUCAUUGACGGCUCUUUCUCACAGUGACAUGAUGAUGAAAAGCUUCCAUCAUCUUGAUUACGAAAAAUUGACCAUAGACUUGAAGCUUAAGGACCAGAAACUCAAGAAACCUAUCACCUUCAACUUUUGUUUGAUAUUUCCUGCAUCUAAACAGCGUCUUGCGGAAUUGAUAGCAUCUUGGCUCAAGAGCUGUUCCAAAGACGACGGCAAGAUAUACAGCUACCAGAAGCCAGGAUGCUGGAACCAUUUCAAAAAGCAUGUCAACGCUGGAGCUGUGCUGAUACACUCGUCUGCGCUCAGUCUUAUCUCUGAUACAGAUCUCAUUCAUGGCAUGACGCUAGACGGGAUGAACUACACAUUUUGGUGUAUCCAAGAUAGCACAUCUAAAGUGCCAUUCUCCCAAAUGCAAAAACAAUCCGAACUGGGUCAAGUCAUAACAAAACGCCUCCUACCUUUAGGGUAUACCAUACUCCUCACACCAAGCUUCUUGGUUGCAGAACCAGUCAUGACACUUAGCUUUUUGCAAUGGUACCAAAAGAAACUGAAAAGCUCGAUAAGUGGCUCAAUCAGAGUAUUGUGCUGCCACGAACUCCCGAGCUUUCUUAUGGAACUUGCAAUUUCGAAGGCUGAGGAGCAACAAGAAUUGAUGAAACGCCUUGCUGGUGACCCGUCGAUGCUUUCUAAAUUAAGCGAAAGGGGAUUAAGUCACGAACAGUGUACAGCGAGACUCGAUCUAUAUUGGCUUCUUUGUGAUAUUCUACGCAGGGAUCUUCCUGCCAAUCUAUCUCCAUUCGAUCGUGAUCCAUCCGAAGAGAAUUCGCGGAGUCCAUUUCUCUUUGCGCCUCCACUCAUCGAUCAAAAUGACGAAAAAAAGUUGGUCGCUUGGUUUGCGGGGUGGGCUUACGCAAAUCUCGAUAACUAUAGACGAUUCUACGUCAUUGGUUCUGGAAAAUCAAAUAGAAGCUUUGGUGUUCCAGUGAGAAUGAUUCCAGAGAGCGAAAGUCUCCCACCGAAUUCCAAGGCUUUCCGGGAAGGAGGCGCGUUAGCGUGGGCCAGGCGAGGAAGGAACCCGAUUCCUAUUGCCUGCAGCACCGCACCAUUGGGCGCCAAUGAAAACCCGUUAGAAAAAGCGGGAGUGAAGUUGAAGGAAUUCAAAUACGAAUUUACGGAUGAAUGGUAUCCCGAGUGGAGGAGAAAACCGGGUGAAGGACGGAGUUCAAAUCAUAUCAUCGAGUAUCGAUGGAAUCGUGUUUUUGAGUCGCUCAAAAUCCCUUUCGAGCCGGUAAAAGUUAACUAUUGA